AUGGGAGCAGAUUGUUCAUGCUUAAGAGAUGACAAUGUUAACAAAGAAGAAAUGGACAUGAGAAGCAAAGCCAAGCCCACAGUAAACAGACAAGAAGCUGCGAACCCUGAAGAUGACAUAACAAAUGGCAAUGCAAGCGCCAUCAUAGAAGUAAAGAAAGAACCAGAAGAAAGCCUUGCUAUUCAUAGCGCUGCAAGAGGAUAUUUAGUGCGAAAAGAAAUCGCAGCUACUAAAAAUACUAAAGGAUUCGACCCAACAAGCAGAUAUACACUGUUCACUGACCCUUUAUCUUCAAAAAUAGCCAAAGCCGUUAAAAAAGCAGAAAAGGAAUGGGGGAAGUUUGAGCCACAAGCACCUGAAGAUGAUGGAGAAAAAAUCACUCAGCACCCUGCGUUUGAGCUUGAAGAUGGCUCUAUUUAUGAAGGAGAAUGAAAUGAACAAGGAGAAAGGCAUGGACUAGGCACAGAAAUUAGUCCCGAUGGCGCUAAAUAUAUAGGGUAUUUCAAAAAUAAUGAAAAAUCUGGAAAUGGGAGACUUAUUCAGGCUGAUGGAGAAGUUUAUCAAGGAGAAUUCAAAAAAGGAAGACCAAAUGGAGUAGGAACCAUGCAAAAAACUGACGGGUCAAGAUAUGAAGGAAGCUUCAAAAAUGGCGCUUAUCAUGGAAAAGGAAAAGAAGAGUAUGAUGAUGGGGUAAGCUAUAAAGGAGAAUACAAAAAUGGGCAGAAAGAUGGAAAAGGAAUCAUUAAUUGGCCAAAUGGAAGCAAGUAUGAAGGACAAUUUAAAGCUGGCGAUAUCGAAGGAUAUGGAGUGUUUGUCUGGGCAGAAGGGAAAAAAUAUACCGGGAAUUGGGUAUGCUUAAUUUAUAUAAAUAAAUAAUUUAAAAUAUGAACAGUCUGCGUUUUUAUAUUUAAAAUAAUAUUUUGAUGUUAAUGAAAGCUUCUUUAAAUGAGAAUAAAUAACAAAAUGCAUGGACAAGGAGCAUUUGAAUGGCCAGAUGGGAGAAAAUAUGAAGGAGAAUAUCAAAAUGAUCUGAAACAUGGACAUGGUGUUUUAAGUUGGCCAGACGGAAAAACUUAUGACGGAGAGUUCAAAGAAGGAAAACAGGACGGAGAAGGGGUUCUCACAUUUGAAAAUAAAAAUACGAAAAAAACGGAAAUAAGAAGAGGAAUUUGGAAGAAAGGAAACAGGGUAGAGUGGAUUAAAGAUAAAAAGAAAUCAAAAGAAUAA